CAGGGCCCGGGGCUCCUGUCACCGGCCCUGUGGAUGAGGACGUGAGAAGCAAUCUAAUCAGACCCCCAGGAGAAAGGAAUCCCUUUGAUGGGAGAAUCCUCUUUCCCGGCCUCCUGGGUCAAUCGCCGUGCCACGAUGAUGGAUGAGCAGGAGGCGCUGAACUCGAUCAUGCAGGACUUGGCCGAACUGCACCGCUCCAGCCGUCCUGCCAUGUUCCUGUCGGACCUGGGCAAACCCAAAGCCUCCUCGCCCAAGAACCAGAACGACGUCAGAGUGAAGUUCGAGUUCAAAGGGGAGAAGAGGAUCCUGCAGUUCCCUCGACCCGUCAAGCUGGACGACCUGAGGUCAAAAGCUAAAGUGGCUUUCGGUCAGACGAUGGACCUUCACUACACCAACAAUGAGUUGGUGAUUCCACUGACGACUCAGGACGACCUGGACAAGGCCGUGGAGCUGCUGGAUCGCAGCGUUCACAUGAAGAGCCUGAAGAUCCUGCUGGUGCUGCAGAUGUCCUCUCAGAACUCUUCCUCCAGUAUGGACCUCUUGCCGUCCCACGAGGAGCUGGACAACACGGGAUUCAGGGUCGCUGACAAGAAGAGCAUGCUGGCUUUGAUAGGUUCCCAUUCGACGGACCGCAGCUCUCCUCCUCCAGGAUACAUUCCCGACGCUCUCCAGCAGGUGGCGAGGAACGGCUCCUUCACCAGCAUCAACAGCGAGGGGGAGUUCAUCCCCGAGAGCAUGGACCAGAUGUUGGACCCACUGUCCAUGAGCAGUCCGGAGAACUCGGCGUCGGGAAGUUGUCCCUCUUUAGACAGUCCACUGGACAGCGACUACCCGAAGUCCAGGAUGCCCAGAGCACAGAGCUACCCAGACAACCACCAGGACUUCCCAGAGUACGACAUCCCAGUGUUCGAGAAGUCGGGGAAAGGGGGAACGUAUCCUCGGCGAUACGGUAUUCCCUUCGGCCUUCAAGACUACAGCGAUGGGAGGAAGACCUUCCCUCGGGCUCGGCGAACGCAGGUUCACGGCUUCCGCUCGCCGGUCAGCUUCAGCCCGACCGAGCAGUCGCCCAGCACCAGCAGCGGCAGCAGCGUCUUCACCCCCGACCUGGAGGAGGCCCCGGGACCCGCCAGGAGGCCGCGGAGGGGCAGCGACAUCGAGCCCAACCCCAAUCCGACGGCCGCUCCCACCCUCUCUGUCAUGGACAUCAGUCCGCCCAGCCGCUCUCCACGAGCUCCAACCAACUGGCGGCUGGGGAAGCUUCUGGGUCAGGGAGCCUUCGGGCGGGUUUUCCUCUGUUAUGACGCCGAUACUGGGCGGGAACUGGCGGUCAAACAGGUCCAGUUUGACCCGGAGAGUCCGGAGACCAGCAAGGAGGUGAGCGCGUUGGAGUGUGAAAUCCAGCUUCUGAAGAACUUGUGCCACGAGCGGAUCGUCCAGUACUACGGCUGUCUGCGGGACACCAUGGAGCGGACGCUCUCCAUCUUCAUGGAGUACAUGCCCGGCGGCUCCAUUAAAGACCAGCUGAAGUCGUACGGAGCGCUGACGGAAAACGUGACGCGCCGCUACACCCGGCAGAUCCUGGAGGGCGUGUCCUACCUGCACAGCAACAUGAUCGUCCACAGGGACAUCAAAGGAGCCAACAUCCUUCGUGACUCGGUGGGUAACGUGAAGCUGGGAGACUUCGGCGCCAGUCGGCGGCUGCAGACCAUCUGUCUGUCAGGAACAGGCAUCAAGUCGGUGACCGGCACCCCCUACUGGAUGAGCCCGGAGGUGAUCAGUGGAGAGGGCUACGGCAGGAAGGCCGACAUCUGGAGCGUUGGCUGCACCGUGGUGGAGAUGCUGACCCAACGACCCCCCUGGGCGGAGUUUGAGGCCAUGGCAGCCAUCUUUAAGAUCGCCACCCAGCCCACUAACCCGGUUCUCCCCGCCCACGUGUCGGACCACUGCCGAGAGUUUCUCAAACGGAUCUUUGUAGAGACCAAGCAGCGGCCGUCUGCUGAUGAGCUACUGAGGCACAUCUUUGUACAUUAACCCCACCCCUGAACCUUUAAACCCCCGCCCGCCUGCCGAACUGCCAGAUACGGCCUUACCCGAUGGGGCGUCCCCGCCUCUGACCCCGCCCCCUCCACCUCCGAGCUGAAACCACAUCAGACCAGGAAGGACUGGCUGGAACAAGGUGGGGCGUGUAGGCGUGGGGUGGCGCGUACCUGCUCCUCCUGUCUCUGUUUGUAUGAGACUGCCAUAGAGGACAUGAGUUUUUAUUUUAUUUUUCUCCGCAAGUUGCACCUUAAUUUGUGAGAAACGGAGGGACGGAGCACUUCCUCCUGAAGCGACGAAAAACGACUAUUUGAAAACGUCUCCUUUUUUAUGUUUGUACGGUUCCUCUCUUCAAACGUCUUGGAGUGGGAUAGUGUCGGUGUUGUGGACCUACAGGAGGUGACGCCUGACUCUCAAUGGCUCUGCCCCCCGCCCCCCCUCUCCCCCCCAUCUCGCUGACCCGACCCCAGAAUGUAGUCUCCUGCCAAAACCCAGAGCGAUGGUGAGGACCUGGGCCCGCUGCUAUAGAGAACACUCCCCACCAACA